UCGUCGCUUUGGCCGAGUGGUUAAGGCGUGUGCCUGCUAAGUACAUGGGUUUCACCCGCGAGAGUUCGAAUCUCUCAGGCGACGUUAAAUAAUUUUUUCCAUCGGUCAUCGUCCGAUGUAUGUACUUUCAACAUAGUCAUAUUUUACCACGUCAAUUGCUUCUUCCACCCGCGUCUCACCUGAUCAUAACUCACUCACUCCCUUCCUCUCAGGAAGUCCUGUCUGGCUCUCGCUACAUAUGACCAAACGAUCAAACAAACAAAAACUCCAAAUUUUUUAUUUUUCUUUGAUUUCUUUCGCCUCCAAUUUUAGCUUUGCCGCCGUCCUUUGAACCGUCUUUCUCUGUUCACCGUCGCAAAGAUGUCAAUUUCAGCACCUUUAAGGUUCAAACUCUCAACUUUUUCCGGCGGCAACGAUUCAACGACGAGCAAGGUGAUCGGGAUCCGAACUUUUGCCUGUUUCAAAGAGAUUAUCAGUAUCGAAUCUCGGUUGAAAUUAGCUUCAUCAGCGUCAGUUUCCUCGCACCACAUAAUGUUCACAAACCGCAGGUUCACGCUUCACUGCGUUAGGCCGGAUUCUACAGGGAACACGGUUAGUAGGUCGUUGGAAGGGGAAAAUGGAGAUUUUGACGGUGAAUCUAGGGUUUUAGAGGUUGGAAUCGACGAUCAACUGAAUAUUGACGGCGGCGGCGGCGGCGGCGGCGGAGAUAGUGGAGAUGGUGAUUCAUUUGGUGGUGGCGGCGGUGGUGGUGAGGGUGACGAUGAGGAAGAGAGAGAGUUUGGACCGAUAUUGAAGUUCGAGGAGGUGAUGAAGGAAGCAGAAGCUAGAGGAGUGAAUCUGCCCUCGGAUAUGAUGGAGGCUGCGAAAAGUAAUGGAAUCCGGAAACUGUUCCUGCUUCGUUACUUGGACUUGCAGGGAUCGGUUUGGCCACUUGGCUUUUUAAUGAAAUACUGCUCUAUGCUCCGGAAUAGAAUGCUAGCAGAUCCUUCAUUUCUUUUCAAAGUUGGAACUGAGAUAGUAAUCGAUUCUUGCUGUGCAACAUUUGCAGAAAUGAAUAAAAGAGGAAAGGAUUUCUGGUCAGAGUUUGAGUUGUACCUUGCUGAUGUUUUGGUUGGUGUAGUGGUGGACAUUGCUUUGGUUGGCAUGUUAGCGCCUUAUGCUCGUUUUGGUCAACCAUCUGCAUCCAGAGGUGUAUUUGGGCGCUUACAACAUUCUUGCGCUGCUCUUCCUAGCAGCGUUUUUGAAGCUGAAAGACCAGGAUGUAAAUUCUCAGUGAAACAACGGAUUGCAACAUACUUUUAUAAGGGUGUAUUAUAUGGCUCAGUAGGGUUUGGCUGUGGUCUUAUUGGCCAAGGAAUCGCUAAUCUGAUAAUGACUGCCAAAAGGAGCAUAAGGAAAUCAGAUGAGGACAUUCCUGUGCCACCUCUUGUGCAAAGUGCUGUUCUUUGGGGUGUUUUCCUUGCGGUAUCUUCCAACACCCGUUAUCAAAUUAUUAAUGGACUAGAGCGCCUUGUGGAAGCAUCACCUGUUGCCAAGCGGGUUCCACCUGUUGCAAUGGCUUUCACAGUAGGUGUGCGGUUUGCCAACAAUAUUUAUGGUGGUAUGCAAUUUGUUGAUUGGGCAAAAUGGAGUGGAGUGCAAUAGGAGCAACCUGAUUUCUGCCAGAGUGCUUCUUGAAUGAGAAGCCCCGCUGUGGUACCCUCAACCGGCUAAAUGACCCCAAAGAUGGGACAAAAGGAAGCCUCUUUCCCAUUUGGUUUCCAUCAUGACAAGCCAAUUGCAUGGCUGGCAAAAGUAUGAACUGGGAUUCCAUGUUUUGGGGUCAGCAUUGCUGUUCAUGUUGAAGGUUGGUUUUCUCUUACUUAAUGCUCGGACCUACCAACUAGAAUUAAAACUUCCCUUCCCAACACUUAUAUUUGAAAAAAAAAAAAGAAGGGAAAACGAAGGAUUGAACCUUGUUAUUCGGUUUGUCUUGUCAAGCGAAAAUAUCCCGUUCCACGGUUGCACCUUGAAAGUCAGAGAUAGGUGGCCUCUGUACAGUAAUUAAGCAUUUUUUCAACGAACCCCAGGUAUACUUUUGCUGCUUUUCAGCUUUUGAACAACAUAAAAGCAAGAGAAAAAGUUAAGAACAGUGUAAUAAUACCAGGAAGAAAACCGUUGGAUGGGCAUAGUAAUAUUACUAUUCCAAUUCUGAGGCAA